AUGUUAAGCCCCACCUCGGCUGAUAGCGACGCACUCGGGUGGUACGAUAUCACCAAGACGUACUGCGUCAUUGGCAUCGAGUCCAGCGAUACCGGCAUCCUGGAACGUCCUGAAAACGAACGGUUUGUCUGUCAAAUCCAACCCAUGGCCGACUUGGGAGAUGGCUAUAACGAGGAAGACGGACAGCAGACCGGACUGGCCUUGACCUUCAGCAUCGACUCAUUCAUCGAUGUAACAGAAGGCCACAGGUUCGGACGAGAUCGGGACCAGUGCGAUAUCCUUCUGGAUGAGGGGGAUGGGAACAGCGUUGAUGUAUUGCACUUUAGGGUGCAACUGGAUGACACCAUGGCUGUCCCUGAGUUGGACGUUUACAACUGCAGUCCUCGAGGUACCAGAGUUGACGACAAACUGCUCUCGGGAGUUGGUCAGCGGACACGAAUCUACCAAGGAGAGGCUGUCACGAUUACAGCCGGCAACAUUUCGCUGAUGCUUAUGUUUCCAUUCCUGGACUUCGCAAAUCGCAAGACGCGAUCCAGAUGGGCCGAGCUGAAGACGACAAUGUGGUCUCUUUUACGACCUUCUGAGCGCCAGGCACGGAUCCCGAUAGAUGCACGCCAGAGAUAUCUCGACGCAGAAGAGGAUUGCAUCUGGCAACAGGCACGACCAUUCCACUUUGAGACAGGCAGCAUGACAGUGACGCUCGCCAAGGGCAAGCAGAAGCAAAAUACCGGAUUCCCUGUCGUGCUGAAGAAGCUACGAGACAGGAAAGGCGAUGCCAGAGAAGAACGCAUCAACCUGGGCGAAACGGCUGCCAUGACACGGGUCCGUCACGAGAAUGUCGUCUCUGCGUUCCGCGAACGAUGGCCUCAAGGCAACAUCAUCCUCGUCGAACACACUCCCCACGGCAACAUCAGCGACUUCAUCCGCCACCACAACGCCCGAAGACUCAAAGAAGACGCAGUCAUGGAUCUCGCUCUGCAAACCCUCAAAGCACUUUCCUACCUCGCCUCCCAAGGGAUUUCUCACCGCGACUUGAAGCCAACCAAAAUCAUCGUCUUCCGCACUAACCCUCCUCUCUUCAAACUCACAGAAUUCGGCGGCGAGGACUUGGUGGACGCACGACAAUACAUCCACGACCGCAUCACGGAUGACACAAUCGACUACGUCGCCCCCGAAGUCUUUGAACGCGGCGCCGGCGCUCUACCCUCCAAAACCGAUGUCUGGAGUCUAGGAAUCAUCAUGUGGGAAUUGCUAGUCGGCAACACACCAGUGCCAUUUCUCGAAGACUUGAACUACAUGUCUUGCUUCCGAGCGAUUCUGAACUGGCAGCCUAGAGUCAGAGAAUUGCUGGAGUUUGGGGUCAGUGACGAAGGGCAGGAGUUGGUGAUGAGGAUGGUGGAGAAAUUGCCAAAGUUUAGACCUGAUGUGGAUGCUUUGAAAGGGGAUGAGUGUUUUGAUUAUCUCGAGUAUGUGAGGAAGAAUGAGCCUUGCGAUUUGCAAGAUUGCUUGCUGUGA